GCAGCAGUUCCAAGCAACAAUGGUGUCCACCCGGUCGAGACGCAGUGGUGUCCCAGCGGAGGACAACCGCAUGGUGGUGAUCGUGACCGGUGCCAACAGGUAUCUCCCAUCUCCCGCACUGUACUCUCGUCUCCUCGCUGACCGACCUGUCUCUAGCGGUUUCGGCCUCGGUAUCUGCAACCAGGUCAUCCGAGCACUGUCUCUCCAUCCGGGUCAUUCCAUACCCGUCUCGACGCCCCAAUCGUCAGCUACUCCCUCGACAUUACGACAUCUCAUUCCUUCCGCUGCUUCUCCGGCCGCAUCCAAAUCAGCAGCGGCAGCGGCAUCGACGAAGCACGUCCCGACCACGCCGCCGCCUACCCUCACGCUCAUCCUUGCCUGUCGAUCACGGACGAACGGGGAGAACGCGCGGGAGAUACUCCUCGAGACGCACGAUCGGGAGCUGAAGGAACGCGCUCAGAAUGGAAUACCCGUGAGGGAGGGAUGGAGAGAGGGAUUAAGGGUCGUGAUUGAGACGGUGGAUCUGGAUUCUGUAGGAGGGGAUAAUGGGAUCCUCGCGUUCACGGAGCGCAUCAAGGACAGCUUGAGCCCCAGUUGGAUUUCCGCUCACGAGGCGAAAAGAUACCCCCAUAUCACGAGUCUUUUCCUCAACGCGGGACUGGCGGCUUUCAAAGGAAACGACUACUGGAAGGUCGCCAAGCAGGUCUUCACAGCCGGGCCGGCCAUCGCAUUCAGUCACCCGGAAUUCAACAUCGAGAUUCCGGGCGUGCUCACUGCCGACGGGGAACGCGGCAAAGUCUGGGGCGUGAACGUCCUCGCCGGGUACAUCCUGGUGAAAGAACUCGCGCCUAUGCUACAACGUUCUCCGCCCACUCUCCCUUUCCCCCCUCGUGUAAUAUACACCUCCAGCGCCACCGCGAAAUACGACGCCGUCAAAGCCGAGCUGGUGCACGACUACCAGCUGGUGCAGCACGAGGCGACCUACAAGCUGAGCAAGUAUCUCGGGGAUCUCGUGAUGUGUCAGCUGGAUCGGGAGCUCGGAGGUGGUGAGAGGUCGGUACGAUGCCUCACUGCCGAUCCCGGGGCGGUUGCGACGAGCAUCUUUGACAGAGGGUUCGGACCGUGGUUGUGGUUCCAGAGGAUCAUGAAGUUUUUCUAUUGGUUGGCGUUUGCUUUGACCCGACUGAUCGGCUCGCCCUAUCACCCCAUCGACGCGACAGACGGCGCGACGUCAAUGGUAUAUGCCGCGUUGAUCGACGAGGCAUUCCUACUGCCCUCAACUAAAGUCCCCGCUCCGAAGUUCGUAUCACAUUCCCACCCCCUCAGGCCAUGUACCGUCGACUACAGAGAGGUGGAUCGAUGGGAAGACGCCGAGGAGAUCGGCCGGAAUCAAGCAAAGACGUGCGAGUCAAUACGGCUAGAGUGGCGGAGACGUGAGGGUCUGGAA